AUGGUCAAAAUCAAAUCUCGGAAGUCUCGCGGCCGACGGACUCAUGUGCUUGGUGGUUGCAGAACGUGUCGACAGCGACACGUCAAGUGCGACCAAACGCGACCGGUUUGCAAUGCCUGUAAAAAUGCCGACAUAGUAUGCAAGGGACUCACAACUGAAAUCCAAUGGGUUGGAUCGUCCAAAAAUCCUGACUACGAGACCAGCUCGGGUCCUAAUGUGCGUCGGCAUCUUUACACAGAACAAGAAAGAGAAGUCAUGACUCUAGCGCUAGUUGACGGAAUGGCUUCAUCUUCGGUCGAUCAAUUUUUGACCGAGAUCGACAUCCAAUCGAAGGACCUUGAAGAACAGCGAGGGGAUUUAUCUUUCGGACCAUUCGGGGUUUUCAACUUGAUCAAAAGCUCUGCAGAUUCUCCGCCUCUCGAGAUGGAUGGCUCAGACUUUGCGAUGACUUCGAAUCUGGAAAUGAUAGAUGAGGCGUCCCUGAUGCCGAACGCGCCCAUGUCUGAACUAUCGACCGCCGAGGAAAUGCUAGGUGAUCUAAACAGUGCCUUGCAGUGGACGGAUAUCUUCAACCUUGACCCAGUUCCAAUGGGCAUUAACUUGACACCACCCAUAUGGGGAUAUGAAACGCAUCCAACCGCUUGGUCCUCGCCUAUAGAGACCGAGGUAUCACCCAGCAAAGUCCAAUAUGAUAUCCUGUCACAGGAUCUGGCGUCAGUGCAAUAUACCUCGCAUGAAUCUCUGAUCUUAUCUGAUGCCACAUUCCUUCUUCGGCAUUUCCAGGAGCACGUCAUGACUCGUGUAGCCUGGUUGCCCAUGACUCAAAAGUCACCAUGGACCAUUCUGAAUAUCCCCUUUGCAAUGAUCACACUUGAUCAACUAACUUACAUGAAGCGGCAGAAGCGACAGGUUACAAAACACGCAAGUCUUGCCAACUUGUAUGCCAUGUUAGCAUGUGCUUCCUACCACCUCGCAAUGAAUCCAGGAUUUGCUUCCGACAAACCGAGUCAACACUGGGAUCAAUUAACGACGAUAGCAUACGCUGAUGCGAAACACCAUAUGAGUAUGAGCUUGGAGCAUGAAUUUCAAGGCCCAAGCAAAGCAAAAUACAAGGAGCAAUUGAUGGCCAAUCUCAGUCUUGUGACCUUUGCGAUAAUUUCCGAGGAUCAACGAGAUACACGAUGUCACCUAGUUAACAUGGAAUAUCUUAUCCGAUUACGAGGCCUGGUGAAACCACAACUCUCGAGGCGAGCCCGUCUUCUGCACUACAUGUACACAUGGAUCCGUAUAUUGACAGAAAGCACUCUGGUCAUACACAAUGAGAUUUUGCAUACCGCGCCAUGCAAAUCUCUUUGGUCUCGACGGCUAGAUAUGGAAGAAAUGAGUCGACUUGCACAGCGAAACGCCGCGAUUCCACCCUUCGAUCAAAAUCGCAGAUUAGACGACUUUCUUCGUGUGACACCUGCAGAAUCUGAAAGGGAUCUCAAAAUGAAUGAUCCCAAAGACUUAAACACCAACCUUGGUGAUAUCCACCUUACAGACCCACGUGUUGACCCCGAGGAACAGCACAGUAUUGUCAAUGGUGUCUCAGAGGCCUGGCUGGGCCUUCUGUCUCAAACCACUCGACUGGCUAAUGUGAUGGAUCAACUCAAUAACGGCAGCUCUACCAUGACAGCCGAGAGGCAACUGGCUCUCCAUCGGCGGUCUUUAUAUCUCGAGAAUAUGAUCUGCUCGUUGACAUCACGGAAGCUUCCCACUUCGGACGGCCAACCAAAGACUCACAUGCUACGGGCUCUGAACUUUGCUCUCACCAUCUAUUUUUAUCGGCGUGUUCGGCGCGUCAGCCCCUGUAUUUUACAAGGACAUGUUUCACAGAUAAUUGACGAGUUACACAAGUGGGACGAGGCUCUUGUGCAGAAUGAUAUGAUUGGACCAGGCACCGCAUGGCCAGCCUUCAUGGCUGGUUGUGAAGCUAUGGGUGUUGAUGAAAGACAGAUUCUGGUGGGAUGGCUUGACAAUGCAGGCGCUCAAAGUGGAUUCGCGACUUAUUCUACGGCAAGGUCUAUCAUGGAAGAAGUGUGGGAGAAAAGAGACACUUGUUUUGAAAAUCUCGACUCACCACAGAGUAAUCUUGGUGGGCAGAUGUCAUUCAGUUGGACUGAUCUUUCUAGACAGAACUUGCAUUGGCUUGUGCUCUGUUGA